AAUCAGGCCACUUUUAAAGUGGCAUUACAAAGUACAACCUCACAUCCUAAAUACUCUUGUAGUUGUAGAAAAACCUGAGGCCAAAACCACAAAAACGUUGAAAUGUCUAAAGAAAUUGUUCUCAUUACUGGAACAUCAUCCGGUGUAGGGUUAUCGACGGCUGAAUUGCUUGCUAAACAAACUAGUACGAAAUUUAAAGUGUACGCAUCAAUGAGAAAUACGAGCAAGAAAGAUGCGUUUUUAGAGAAAACUGCUGGAUGUAGCAAUAUUGUUGUAAUCGAACUGGAUGUCUGUUCAGAAGAUUCUGUUAACGCUGCUGUAACACAGAUAUUGAAAAAGGAGGGCAAAAUCGACGUAUUAGUGAACAAUGCUGGCACCACCCUUCCAUCUGCCAUUGAAUCUCAUCCUUGGGAGAGCAUCGAGAACAUAUACAAUACUAACGUCUUUGGUGUGCUGCGCAUGAUACGAGCUGUUGUUCCGUCAAUGAAAAAGAAUAAGAAAGGUCGUAUUAUAAACAUCAGUUCAAUUUUAGGAUUAUGUGCAAUGCCGUUUGUUAGUGUGUAUUCUUCAACAAAAUAUGCUGUGGAAGGAAUUACUGAUUCGUUGGCUGCCGAGCUUGUCUCUUUCAAUAUACAAAUGAUAGCUGUUGAACCCGGCCCAGUAUUAACACCACUGUUAAUAAAUUCAUUCCUUGAUCCUGACCAAUUGUCAAACGACGAUGAAACGAAGGCAUUGAUUCAAAAAGUCUACAGCAACGUUGGAAAACAAAUGCCAUCAUCCAGCCAUCAAACAACAGACGAAUGCGCUGAGUAUAUCAUUAAAGCGAUAAUGGACGAGAAUCCAAAUCCUCGUUAUCUCACUUAUAAAGAUUUUGAAGAAAUUUGUCGAGCAAAAUAUUGUGACCUGACUGGCAAAAUUCCAUUUGAAAUUAGCAAAAAACUUUUAGAAUAAUUCAUUUUACAAAACAUUGUUUUCAGCAGACUUAAUCUCUUUUAAAAGGCUUUAUUUUGUAGAAAAUUUUAUUACAAGUAAACUUGUGCUUUCAGGGAUAUUAGGGAUUAUUAUUGACAAUUGCACUUUUUAAUAUUUACGCAUGAACAGCCUUGCAAUCAACCAAACAAAGUAAAGAAUUAAGUAAAUUAUUAGUAAAUAAAUCAUCACCAUGUUGAAAAUGAGAUCUUAGAUUAUGGA